AUGGACCGACGCAAUAUAUGGAAUUUAGUAAAGGAAAAUCCUCACGACACAUUAAGUCAACAACCUCCGUCACGAUCCCUUUUUGAUUAUGAUUUCAAUCGACAAUUGGUGGAUGCUGAAACAGUAGCUGAUGCAGCCGAAUUACCGCCCGAGAAACUUUCAGAAAUACUUGACGAAAUGGUUCGUGAAGAAUCGGAGAAAAAAAAUACCAUGUCUGGAAUUCAUAGAAUUAGUAGCAAACUGAUGAACAGACUGAAAAGUGGACAUUCCGAAAGCAACAAACUGCCUGUGGAUCAGAAAGCAAAAAUUCCUGAAUUAGCGUCACCCACCUUGAAAACAUCAUUGUCACACCAUCACUCAACGACCAAAUCAUCAGAGCAGCCGAUUUUUAUGCUGGAUAAACAAUCAUCUGUUUUAUCUUCUUCACCACUACCAACGACAUCCAACUAUCGAUCAUCUUUUCGAGAAAAUGAAACAGAUACUAAAUGUGCUUAUUUAUUUCGUGGCGAUUCGCUCUACAAUAAUAAACCAACGGAUUCCGGAACUGCAAGCAGUAACGUUGAACGUGUUUAUGUCUACGAUCCGUUUUGUCCACUCCAUGGUUCUAGACGUCGCAUGAUUAGCAAAAAAACAAAGAUUCGCGAUUUCGAUUAUCAUUUGACGAGUAUUGAAUCAGUGGAUGAUACUGAACCAUCAGGAGCAGAUUUCAAAUUCAUUUUUAGCCAAGGUUUUGCUGCUAAGUUAAUUCGAAAAAGGCGUCGUGCUCUCUUAUCCGGUUCCGAGAAAUAUCGAUCUGACAAAGCAAAACGGAAAAUACGAGUGAAUUUAUGGAUCGUUAGCUUGGCAUUUUUAUUUCUCUUUACAGCUUUUCAUGGAUUGCAGAAUCUGCAGUCUUCUAUUAACGGUCAUCUUGGAAUAGACAGCCUCUCAAUCUUCUAUAUCAGUUUAUCACUGUCAUACUUAAUUGUUCCAUCAUUCAUCUUGAAUCGUCUCGGUUGCAAGCGUACGUUAAUUGCAUCAUCAGGAAUAUUUAUGAUUUAUAUGCUCUCAAAUUUUCUACCUAAGUUCUUUGGUCAUUUCUUUAUGGUACUUCAUUUGGGUCAAGUGAUUGGUAAUCUCAUUUCAUCCUUCAUUCUGACAGCUGCAACUGGUCAUCGACAGUUAAAAGAUGAAGUGCAGAAAUGCUGUGGUCACUCAUUUUAUGAUAAUGUAUCAUACUUAAGCGAGCAAGCAAUCGAAAAUCUACGACGUCCGGCGCAAAGUGUUUAUUUGUCUCUUUGCGGCGUAUACUUCUGCUGUACCAUCGUUGCGCUUAUGAUCGUACUUCUUUUUCUAAAUUCACUAAGGAAAGAUGAAAUUGCCAGAUUAAAGGCACCAUUCCUCUCAACAGACAUUUGUAAGGCGAUAUUUCGGAACCUUAUCCAUCCAAAAUCUUCACUAUUAGUGCCGUUAACGCUUUUCAGCGGUGUCGAGCAGGCAUUUAUCGUGGGGCUCUACACAAAAGCCUACAUUGGUUGCGGUCUUGGCAUUGGCCAAAUUGGAUUCGUGAUGACAGCAUUUGGUGUAGCAGAUGCCAUAUGUAGUCUGGUUUUUGGGCCAUUAAUGAAGUUGUUCGGGCGAAUGCCUUUAUUUGUUUUUGGUGCUGUUAUCAGUAUGCUUGUGUCAUUAACACUUUUGAUUUGGCCUCUGAAUCCCGGUGACACAUCGUUAUUCUAUGCUAUCGUUGGUGUCUUAGGCAUGGCUGAUGGUGUUUGGAAUACUCAAAUUAGUGGAUUGUGGAUAGCACUAUCUUCUAGUCAGCUAGAAACUGCAUUUGCUAAUUAUCGUUUUUGGGAAUCAAUCGGUUUUGGUCUUGGGCUUAUUCUUACCCGUUUUACGAAUAUCAGUCAAUUUUUAUUGAUUUCAUUAGGAAUUUUGUUGGUUGGAAUGCUUUGUUAUUUGAGCAUCGAAUUUUAUGAUGGUAUCAGCCUAUAUGCUAGGCGGAUGGUCGGUAUGUGCCGAAUUAGACGAAUAAGACAAUUUGGAAUUAAACCACUUCCAUCGAUGGAAACAUCAUUGAUCAGUGCAACAAGUGCGCCAGAGAAAUUAUCGAUUCGAUCAAAUCAAGCUGUAAAUGUAAGUGAAGUAAUGUUCGCUUCAACACUGGAUCAUACAGAAGCAUUCCUGAAAAGCAUAUGUUGCGACCAAUGGACAUGUAUCAAUGCAAUCUGUGAUAGAAAGUCUUUUCCGUUAUGUCCACAAUGUUUAUUGCCUGUUGGAUUUCAGCAUGUGAAAUCGGCGGCUUUUGCUGAUCAGCUUUUUCAAAGUCUUUUGUCUCUGAAGGAAGCUCUCGCUAAAUUCACUGUUUACCAAUGUGAUCGACAAAUUAUGCUUAGCCUAAUUGAAACAGAUGAACAGCGAAGAACAGUAGAAGAGUUUUGUUCCACGCAGAAAUAUGCUGAAAUCAAAGAUGAUGUUAGUCAUGCAGCCGUAAAUGAGCAAUUAGAAGAUUCCACACCAACUCCUGUUUCGAACGAUAUCUUGGGCCUCGUUUCGCUAUCAGAUAAUGUUACACCAUUAACGCAAACAAAAGAUACUAUUGUUGCUGGAACUUCCGUUCAAAAUGACAUCUUGACUCAACAAAUGCGAGUUUAUAAUGAACCAGGAAGUUUUCAGUUCUUCAAAGAACCAGCAAGAAAUACUUUUGAUAGAACCGUGGCAAAGAAGAGGUUUAAUGAUUCGGAAGAUAGACUAAAAAGUCCGGGUGCCAAAAAUUCAGAUACGAUCCAAUCAAUAACGCCAACAGCGCAAAAUUCUCAUAAAUCACCAUCUCAACGCUACGAAUAUAAUCUAGUAAAUGCGGCUAUACGUGGAUCGAAAAAGAAACUUCUGGAAGCUUUAAAGAAUGGAGAAGAUGCCAAUGAAAGUGAUAAUCUCGGUUUGACGGCACUUUAUCAUGCUGCAGCUCAUAAUUACACCGAAAUUUGCAAAAUUUUGAUUGAAAAUGGUGCUCUUAUCAAUGCACAUGGCGGCGAGUUAUGCGAAACAGCACUUCACGCAGCGGUACGUUGGCAAGCUAUUGAUGCUAUCGAAUAUUUGUUAUCGAAAGGAGCAAAUAGACAAGCGCGUAAUUUAAAAGAUGAAACACCGAUGGAUUUCAUUAAAAAUGAAGAAAUACGAGCAGUAUUUGGCAGAAUUUCUCAUUCGGUUCAAAUUGAAUAUUCUUCUCGAAAACUCAAAAAAUAUUCUGUAUUCCUAUCAACAACAUUACCGAAUGUGACGCUCGAAUGUGGCAAACUUUUAUUCACUCAUCUCUCAAAAUAUGCUGUAAAUCUCGAAACUGCCUCACAUUUAGUUGUUCAAGCAGUGGAAAAUCGAACAGCAGAAAUCACUAUUGAAAUUCUGGAAGCUAUGCUACAUGGACAAUAUAUUUUGACGAGUGAAUGGUUGAAUGCAUGCUUGCAAGCAAAUGAUAUCGUAGAUGAAGAGAUGUAUGAAAUUAUAACAAUUAACCGGAAUAAUCAACUGCUUGCCACAAAUUCAUGUUCUGUGGCUAGAAGAAAUUAUGCUGAAAUGAAGCCAGGACUCUUUCGAGGAUGUCACUUUUAUUUUUGCAAGCACAAAUACUUACCAUAUCGAGAAAGUGAAAUCAAAAAACUGGUUCAGUUGGCUGGAGGUGUGAUACUUGGAAGGGAACCCAAGGCGGAGGAAUAUGUCGAAAGUGGGCUGAGACCGUAUCACGUACGAAGAAAUGAAAAUGAUGUGAAUGAGUUAUCCGGCUUGUUCGCGGUAUACAUGCCAGGCCAAUCCAUGCCACAACGAGUAGUAAAGCAAAAAUUCAUCAACCUUAUCACACCAAUUUGGAUAAUGGAAUGUAUCGCGCAGUUUACCCUUUUGCGACCCGAAAAUUGGUGA